GGUACAGCACAGGAGGCUAACACAUACAGUAAGGACAGGACGCUAUUCCCGCACCGUGCGUUACAGGCAUGAAUCGGGAAGAACAUUAUUACUCGGCCAGUCACCUUUACAAGGACUCCUGUGCCUAUCAGAGGCCACACAAUGAGGAGUAUAGCCCAAGCCCGCCGCCGUGCCUUUACAUGACCAGGCAGACCCAAGCAGUCUACACUUCUCCGGCUUUAGGCACCCAGGACCAACACAACCACCUUCCCGAUAUCACGUCCUAUGUUUCCGGACGAGAAGACCUGGCAGUGCCUCAUCUGCACCACUCACAAGCCCAACAGCUGCCCCUCCAAACUUUCACAGGUUACGGAGACUCUCUGGACCUGUGCUCUGAAAGAAACAGGUGCCAUCUUCCUUUCCCUUGGAUGAAAUCGACAAAAUCUCACACGCAUGCUUGGAAAGGACAAUGGACAGGUCCGUACGCGGCGGAGCCCGAGGAGAACAAGCGCACGCGCACGGCAUACACGCGCGCGCAGCUGCUCGAGCUGGAGAAGGAGUUCCUCUUCAACAAGUACAUCUCGCGGCCGCGGCGCGUCGAGCUCGCGCUCACGCUCAGCCUGACCGAACGCCACAUCAAAAUCUGGUUCCAGAACCGGCGCAUGAAGUGGAAGAAGGAGGAGGAUAAGCGGAGGGCGCGCGGCGCGGACCCGGAGCAGGACUCCUCCGUCACUUCCGGCGACCUCAGGGACGACGGCGCGCACGCGGCGCCUGCUUCACCCCUGCACGCGCACAACACCGCGCCCUCGGUCCCGCGUGAGCCUGCGUGAACCCUUCAGCAGUGAGAGAAGAGAGAGAGAAGCACAAAAAACAGGCGAUUAAAAAAAAAAAAUCUCCUGGACUUAUAAACGCCAGGUGUAAUUAAAAGCCUCAGGUGACGUCAUCAUCUCACAGAGCAGGGUGCAUACUGCUCAAGCGAGGAAACGCGUGCGAAAAGAGUGUUUCACGUGGGACACCUUUAUAACUUUUAUUUUUCACUAACACUCCUUCACUGUAACACACCUACAUUAGUGCUUCUUACAGCCACUCUUUAUAAGAUAACUCAGUAAUGUUCCAUCUGAUGUGUUAUUCUGAGACUGUUAUUGUCUUUAUUCUAAAAAUUAAAGUCAGAACAGAAGCUAGGAAUAUAAUUGACAUAUUUAAUGAUAUUUAAUUUGUACUGAAACGUGCAUAAAUAUAAAACUUCUUUUAUAAAGCACAAGUGUGUUUAAUACUUCUGGCAAUGCAUACAGUACUGUAUACAGUGG